AUGGUCCACAGAGUUUUAGGGGUGCCUGAGAUCUGCUUUACUAUUUUGCUUCUACCCCUUCUUCUUGAAGGUGUGGAGAUUCUGGACCCAGGGGAGGUGGUUUACCAUGAGACCAGGACGGAUGGCGUGGUGGGAAGUGGAGUGAUACUUGAGUGUGGCCCCAUUUUGCCUGAUGUCUAUAUCUGGGGCUUCACCGAACCCGGCACAGAUGUCAUCCGUGCUGUGGUGUAUAACUUUGGGAAGGGUCCCAAGCUGCAGAAAUUAGCCAAAGACUUGGGUGAUCUGACAGUCAUCAGCAACACUGCCUCUCUGUCUAUAGAGAAGCUUCCUCUGGCUGCAGAAGGCGUCUACACCUGCCAGGCACUAUACGAUACUGCUGAGGGACCCAAGCUCUAUUACUACUAUGUGUAUCUGCGUGUUCUAGUGCCAGUGACCAAACCUUACAUCAUGAUGAGCGACUCCUCACCAAUAGAAGGCAGAGAAGUGACCAUGCGCUGUGGACUGGAAAAUGGAACAGGCCCUAUUAAUUACAUAUGGGAACAGGAGAGCCGGGAAGGACAGAUCACCACAGUGGCCGAGAUCAAUGACCACAACCUGUUGAAUGUCACCGAGGUCACACGCAAUCACACAGGCUGGUACAGGUGUGUUGCCAGCAACAAAGUCAACCAACAGCGCAGUGAUCGAAUCUGGCUUGACAUCAUAUUUGGUCCAGACCUUCCACAAAUCGAUGUGACUCCUUACUCGGUGACCGAGCGAGGUUACUCAGCCCUGGAAAAAGAGACCGUUUCCCUCCUGUGUCAAGCUUCUUCAAAUCCCCCCAGCCAAUACGUCUGGUUCUACAACAACUCGCAGGUCAACACGGGUCCGCAGUUCACCAUCACCCGGAUUCUGCGCAUGCACACAGGCCACUACGCCUGCCUGGCUCAGAACACUUACCUCAACACCCGAUCCAAGAAAACCAUCACCCUCACCGUCUACUAUCCUCCAGAUGGCGCUCCAUCUUGCGCCAUAUUACCAGCCAACAACUACUCUGACCUGGCUCUCAGCUGUACCUGGGAGGGCGGCAUCCCCGCGGCCUCCUUGAAAUGGACCCCGUAUGUGUUCGGAGAUGAUAGCGAGGGAUUCACAAACAUCACCAAAAUCCAGAAUGGCCCAAAUACGGCGAACAACUCCAUGUUCCUCUGCAAAGGCUCCCACAUCGCGCUGGACGACAUCACAAGCUGCAGUGCCAGAGCAUGGAUGCCCUACGGAGAGCCCACGUGUUCUGCAUACGCCACUCGAAACAAUGAAUACCUAAUGCUCUCCUGCUCCUGGGAGGGUGGGUUCCCUCGGGCAUUGUUGUGGUGGGCUUCUAGCUCGGGGGAUAUGCAAGGCACGUCUGAAGAGAAUGCCAACAUCCUGGUUCUGCGGUCCAGUGCUACCUACAGCGGCAAAGCUUUCGUAUGCUAUGCAAAACAUCCAUUAGCUGAGCAGACCAAACAGUGCGUAUUAAAGCUAGAGGCACCGGUAUUAAUAACACAACGCAGCCUGAUGUCUGUCUAUGAAGGCAGUGAUGUCCAGCUCACCUGUAUUUUAAGUAAAAACUACCCUAUCACAGAGAUCACCUGGUACAAUAACCUGAAACAGCAUGUGAAUAACAUACCAAAGAAGUACGUCCUGGAGCAAGCUGCUGCCUGGACCAAUUUGACGGUGAGGGAAACUGACAGCGAGACAGACAGCGGGCAGUACUGGUGUUCGGCUACCAAUGCUGUUGGAGGGGCAGAGAUUCCAAUUACCCUGAUGGUGAAGAGGUACCCAAUGCCCCCUAAUAUAUCCAUUAGUAAGAUCAUUUACAACAGCCGUCAAAAGACAGAUGUUGAUCUAGAGUGGAUGCUUCAGAAUGAUGGUGAAUUUACUGGGUUCUUCAUCGAGCGCCAACGCCUUCCCGAUCCAGCGAAGAAGAGAAGCAGUGACCCUCUUUGGAAGAAACUAAUUGAAAUGGAGAGUGAUUCCCGAAGUUACCAAAUCAACAACCUGGACCCAACUGGAACCUACGCAUUCCGCAUCACUGCCGUCAACCGCCGCACUAUUGGAAAUCCGUCUGAGAUUAAGACACCAGCGGACCCUCCUUUUAAUGCCUACCCCGCUGUGAUUGGGGCAGCCAUCGGUGGCAUGCUCAUAGCAACAAUAGCCACUGUACUGCUCUUUAUAUUUGUGGUGAGGAACCGCAACAAUAACCCACGGCUUCACGACUUGAUAUUUGGAAGGCAGAACAGCCAGUCUAGAGAAAACAUUAACUUUCCUGAGGAUGAAGUUGUUGGAGGAUCAGAGGGGGAGAGAGGUGCAGAAGAGCAAAGCCCAUCUACAGGUCAAGGACCAUCAAUGGCAAUGCCAAGGCCAACUGCAACACCCACAAACCUCCCCCCAGGCGAAGAGCCUGUUAAUGUAACAAUAACUGUCAUGGCCUCAAGCUAG